AUGGAAUCUCCUGAAGCAUUCGAGCAGCGAACCGCUGCCAGAUCAGAGACCUCGUCGAAAGCGAGUGCUAAGGAUGAACCGGCCCACGAUGCAAUUCUUCCGGUCACCCACGUCUCCAUCGCGAAGAAUGCACAAUCCACCAAAGUGCAGAAGCUGAUUGCCGCCCUGAAAUGGUUCAUCAAAGACCAGUGGUUCCUCCUAGCCAUGGGCGCGAUCAUCCUCAUCUCCUCUCAAGUCCAGGUCCCGAACUCUCAGCAACAAGUCAAGCGAGUCGUGGUAACCUACCUCUCGGUCAGCGUCAUCUUCUUCAUCAACGGCUGCACCCUCCCUACGAGGGUCUUGCUGGAGAACUACAAGCGCUGGAAGAUUCACGCGUUCGUCCAACUUCAAUGCUACCUCGUUACCUCCGCCGCAACCUUCGCCAUCGUGAGCCUCUGCGCAACGAACCCGCACUUCAUGGACCCUUGGCUUCUCAUCGGCUUCUUGUUCGUUGGCAGCGCCCCAACCACCAUGUCCUCGAACGUGGUGAUGACACGACAGGCGCACGGCAACACUGCGCUCACCGUCGUCCAAUCCGUCAUCGGUCAGUUCCUCUGUCCAUUCCUGACGCCGGUGCUUCUCCAGAUGUAUCUAUCUAGUGGAGCCUGGUACACGAAAGUACUGGUUCAAGGGGACAACUACGGAGAAAUAUACCGGCGCGUAUUCAAGCAGCUAGGGCUGUCCCUUUUCGUCCCAAUGCUCGCUGGCCAGAUCGUCCAGUGGUUCUUUCCCAAACAAACCAAGAAAGUCUUCUUCGACUGGAAACUGAUGAAGCUGUCUUCGGUUUCCCUUCUGACACUGGUAUGGCAGACGUUCGACCAAGCAUUCCGCUCCGGUGCGUUCGCUACGGUCAAGCCGUCAAACAAAAUCUUCAUCGUCUUCAUCUGCAUCGCUCUUUAUUUCAUUUGGCUCGGAAUAUGCUUUACGGCCUCCGUCGUCUGGCUACCGCGGAAAGACGUCAUCGCCUGCUGUUACUGCUGUCCUGCAAAAGCGCUUGCUAUGGUCGUCCCGGUGUCUUCCGUAAUGUACGUCAACGUUAGCCCAAUCGAACAGUCCAAAAUGCAGAUUCCCGCCAUCAUCUUCCAGGCAUUCCAGGUUGGGAUCGGGGGCUUCUUCACGAUCAUCUUCAGGAAAUGGAUCAGGCCCGUAGAGGAACAGGAAGAUCGAGAAAAGAACGCAGGAGGGAGCGAAGCAAAGUAG